AUGGCUGAAGCUGUGGAUCCCGGCUCGGCGUCCGCGGGAUUCCGGUCCCUGUUUUUCAUGCUCACGCCGAACGAGUCCUCCUAUCGGGACCUGGAGGACGUGCCGCAGUAUGUGCAGCAGGCCACUCCUUUCUUUGUAGGGCUGAUGGUGCUGGAGCUGGUGGUGGGCCUGCUGAAGACGAGAUCAACAGUGCCCACCAUCAAGGACGGACUCACCUCCGUAUCUUGUGGCAUGAUCUCCAGAAUCCCCCUGCUGUUCAUGAGGAGCUGCGAGCUGACCGCCUACGUGCUCGUGUGGGACCGGUACCGCCUGCUGGAGCUGCCGUGGGACUCUGCCUGGACCUGGUGGCUCACCUUCGUGGGCGUGGACUUCUGCUACUACUGGGUCCACCGCUGCGCUCACGAGGUGGCCAUCAUCUGGGCUUCUCACCAGGUUCACCACAGUUCAGAGUACUACAACCUCUCCACCGCCCUCAGACAGUCCCUCACCCAGCAGUUCACAUCGUGGAUCUUCUACCUGCCCGUGGCUCUGGUUGCACCCCCCACGGUCUUCGCGGUCCACAUCCAGUUGAACCUCCUCUACCAGUUCUGGAUCCACACCGAGCUGAUCAGAGACCUCGGACCUCUGGAGUGGGUCUUCAACACCCCGAAACACCACAGAGUUCAUCACGGGAGGAACGAAUACUGCAUCGACAAGAAUUACGGAGGAAUACUCAUCAUAUGGGACCGAUUAUUUGGUACCUUCGCUGAAGAGAAAGACAAAGUGGUGUUCGGCCUGGUGUUCCCCAUCAACACCUUUGAAAUCCUCUACGUCCAGUUGCACUACUAUUUGAACUUGUGGAGAAGGUCCAAGACCUACAAGACCGUCGGCGACAAGCUGUCGACUUUCCUCAAAGGCCCGAGUUGGAGUCCUGGUAAAACGCGGCUCGGCGACCACGCCGACAACCCCGAGGUUACCGGACAGGAAGUGCCUCACGGGCCCAGCUGGCCGCUGCCUCUCCGAGCGUAUGUGGUCAUCCACUUCCUGCUGGCGCUGGGGACUUACCACGAUCUGUUUGAAAACAAGAUGAUGUUGUCCCAGCUCACCGUUCUGGGGAUGACCGGCUACGUUCUGCUCACUCUCACCUCCCUGGGCUUCAUCAUGGAUCAGAGGCCGACGGCGGCUCUCCUGGAGACGCUACGCUGCGUCGUCAUGGUGACGAUGCAGCGGUACGGAUGCAUGAAGCCCCUGCUGUCCUCGCUGGCCGGCCCCACAGAGGCCUUUGUCUCCCUCUCUCUGCUGCUCUGGGCUCUGCAGAGCUUCUUCCAGCUGCUCAAGAAGAAGGCCGACUGA